AUGGCCGACCUCCAGCCGGAUGAGUCCAACGAGUCGGGCAGCCUCAAACCCCCGACCGUGUCGCCAACUCCGCGCGGGAAACGCAAAAGAUACACGCCCGUGGCCUGCGAUGAAUGCAAGAAGCGCAAGGAACCUCACCCAACAUCGGCCAAGGUCAAAUACCAAGAUGCGAGCCCCGCCAAUCGUGGUGUUGAAAACCCACUGUGUACCAUCCCUCGGAAUGAAGCGCUGCGAUUGUUACAAGUCUACGAUGAAGAGUACGGGUCAAUCUAUCCGUUCGUCGACAAGACAGUCUUGCACCGCGCGGCUCAAUGCUUUUACGAUUGUGUCGACAUGGAAUCUCCCUCGUCUACCAAAAUCUACCAAAAGGAUGAGAAUACCCUCUCCGAUGGCAUAUGGGACGUCCUGAAGCUAAUCAUUGCCAUCGCUGCAGCCAUAGAGAGUCAUGGGCCUAAUGCAUUGAGUGCAAGCCUUCUCAAGAGCGUUGAAUCCGGCUUUGACAUUCGCGUCUUGGGAGAGAAAGUUGAGAUUCUCGAGAUACAGGCAUGGACUGCUAUGAGCAUCUUGCAAUUCCACUUGGAUGAGGAGGUCCUCGCUUGGAGAACCAUUGGUCUCGCUGGCAGAGCCGCCAUCGAACUAGGCCUCCACCGACGUGAGACUUACUCGCUGCGCUUCUCCGACGAGCAACGCCUGCGAGCCAGUCAACUCUUUUGGUCUAUAUACAUACUUGACAGGCGAUGGAGCUUUGGCACUGGACGCUCGUUCGCCAUUCCCGAGUGUGAUAUAGAUCUGGAUCUUCCCAAACUGAGCAGCUCGGACUCAUAUCUCCUCUCAAUCAUGGUGGCAUACGCGCAACUAGAAACGAGGGUAUGGAAGUUGACAACCAAGAUCACGGCCAAAGCCACUUCAGAGAAGCUGUCCUUCCUCUACUUCCGCGUGCAGCAAUGGUAUCGAAGUCUCAAGCCCCAGUAUCAACUGCAACCCACCGAAGCGAACAUGCUGCAUGGACACACUCGGAGCGAGAACGGGAUCCGUUUACUGUUUUACUUCAGCGUCAACCAGCUUCAACUUUUCAUCUUCCGCCAGGAACUUUUAAAUUACCACACUAUGAACGAGGACCUGCCGAAUGCCAGGUUUGCUGUUGAAGCAGCAAAAGGCAAUAUUCGGCUGCUGCAAAAAGUGAGCCAAAUGGCAGACGUUUAUUCGACACAGCAAGCUCCAUUCAAUCACUUCCUCGUCUCCGCACUGGCAGUCCUUUUCCUAGCCGUUUGCCACGCCCCAUACCAAUUCAAAAACGCUUGUCGUGAAGAAUUUGUAGUCGCACUUGAGCUCAUUCAGGGAUUCUCUUUCGAGUCUCAAGUGGGAAAGAGGCUCUGGAAACGGGUUCAGCACCUCAAAGAGAUUAGCCUGAGUCUGGGUCUGCUGACCAACAAAACCCAGACAGAUGGUACGCAGAAUGGCACACUGAAUAGCAAUGAUGCCACUCUACCGUCUUCAAGUUUCGUAUCAAUGGAACAAGAUCAGCACGUCCAAAUGCGGCAGCCACCCAUUUACUCUCAAAUGGGGCAGCCUUCUACGAACGAGACGAUUGAUCCGUACCAACUCACCAGUGACUUGACGACUAUGUUCGAUACAUUGCAGGAGCCUUACAGAUGGCCUGCGUCGGAUGAGUUUGUGCUAGAUCAGGUGGACAGAUAUCAUCAGACAAUGAACCGGGAGCUGUCAAGAGACCUUUUGGACUUGUUCUAGCAUCUCGACUAUCGUUAUCAAGAAACACAAGGAGAGCCUAAAGGAGCCUUGCGCAAUCAUGUUUAUGCUGGCAGUGAAUAAGCAAUUGAAAACGAUCAGCUUACUAGAAUCAGUCGCAAAACG